AUGCCCUACCUCCAACCAGACACAGUCCCAGAAGCCACCAACCAGGCAAGCAACGCCUUCGAACAACUAGUCCAAGACCUAAGCGCAGCCCUGGGUCCGAGCUCGGGUCUGGACUCAGACGAUGUCGACCCGCUCGCCAUCCAGCGUCUAAUGGACCGGUAUACCUCCAACCCAGAAGAAUGGCAGCCAUUUGCCCUGCCUGAUCUCAGCAAGACCUACACGAGGAAUCUAAUCGACGAAGGCAACGGCAAAAGCAAUCUGGUUUUGAAAGGGUCCCUGCAGGAGACGUUGUACUCAUGGCCCGAUCAAAGUAAGCUCGAGCAUGGACAGAUCUCUCCGCCGCAGAUCAGGAGGGAAACUACGUACAGUGAGCACCAGGUUACGUAUAUGUCGGACAAGUUGGGCCUCCAUAAGAUAUCCAACCCCGACCCGGAUAAUGUUGCUGUGUCCUUGCAUCUUUAUACGCCGCCGAAUGCUGCAACGUAUGGCUUUAGUGUUUUCAACGAGAAAACGGGGAAGGCGUUUCAUAUUAAGCAGUCGAAUUUCUAUUCAAUCCGAGGGAAGAGAUGUUUGGCUUUGCGGAAAUAG